AUGUCUCUCCAUAAAGCAAUUUAUCCGAAAAAACUACACAGCUGGUUCCUGAAAAGUGACGUGCACAGAUUGGAGGAAGGACAGGAUGAAUCCGAAAAGCCGUUUGUGGGUCAAGGUUCCAGCGCAGAAUCUGACGCCGAUGAUGAAGAACAUGCACGUCGUCCGGUCCCCCCCAGACGCUCCUGUUAUCGCUCCGGUGUGUCGGUUGUGGCCAUCGCAUCCAUUGUUCUCCUAGGAAUGAUUGCAUUUUCAGUUCUCGUCAAGGACAGUCGAAGCGGCAAAGUUCCUAAUGCUCCCAAAGCACAAGUCCAAGGAGGUUCAGUAGUCACAGCACACUGCGGAACCACGCCCGAGGAGGCCCAAGAUCGCGGAUGUUUUUGGGACAUCAUGAGCUUUGGCUGGAUGCAUCCGUCUUGCUUCGACCAAGAAGAAUCAGCUCGAUGGGCAGCCGAAUAUGGCCCAUGGGAAUGGUAUACUGAGAGACCUAGCAAUGCCACAGAUCUAAGGCCUCUCACGGCGGAUGAAUUACCACAUACUCCAGUCGUGUGGACCACUCAAGGCUAUCAUGUUCAGCAUUGCCUCUACGUGCUCAAAAUGAUUCAUUUGGCAGCAAUGGCGGAGAGUCCGGUUUCAAACGAGGGCAUCGAGCUCGGCCACACGGAUCAUUGCACCAAGCUGAUUGCAAAUCCGGAGCUGGUAGAUUAUGGAGAAGUCAAUACCCGCGUACAUUUACUUUUUGUUCAGUGUGUAACUUUAACAUGA